UCCAAACCCUGAAAUUAAAGGGUUGAUCAUUUGUUGAUUUUCUGCUUAAUUAAAAAAUUUGUUUAAAUAAAUUGUUUUUGUGACAUUAUAUAACGUGAAAUGAUACAUUAUUAAUUAUUUUUAUUAAUAUUUGAGAAAUAUGACACGUUUUGCAAGAGCUAAAGGUUCUAAAGCUUCAAAUGAAAGGGUCAAAGAGGAAGCAACACCAUGGCAUAUUAUGAAACAACAACUCAAUGAAUCUUUGGCAAAAGAAAAAUCAUUUGAAACUAAAGGGAAAACUAAAACAGCAAAACAAUUACUUGAGGAAAAAGAAGAAUCUUCCCCCGUGACAAAUGAUUGGGCGGAAUUUGAUAAACCAACGAAAAAAACAAAGAAAACAAAAUUAUCAACUUCGAAUAAAAUUGAAAAACCAACCGAGAAGAAAAUAAAAAAGAAAAAAAUUAAAGAAGCUCUAAAUAAUCAAACUGAAGAUAAUAAUACCAAUCUUGUAAAUGAUAUUAGCGAAAAAGUGAAAAGAAAACAAAUAGUCACUGAUAAAAAUAAAGAGGAAGAAAAUAAUAUUUUGAAAAUAAAAUCUGUUUCUGUUUCUCCCCAAAAAAACAAGAAGAAACGUGAUAAAAUUGAUACAUCUGAAGAUGCAGUUUCAGAACAGAAGGAAAAGAAAAUCAAAAUUGAUGAAAAAUCCGAUGAAAAUUCAACAAUAGAAAAACCCACGGAAAAAUUAAGUAAACGUCAAAAGCGAAAUUUGAAGAAUAAAAAUAAAAAAAGUGAAACAACAAAUACUGAUUUGAAAAAAUCGGUAUUUGACACUAAGGAAAAUGACUGGAAUACUGAAGUGAAAUUCGGAAAACCUGAUAAAAAAUUGGAGGAAAAUUCUAAUUUUCCAAAUCAAAAUAACAGAUUUGAAAGAAAUAGGGCAAAUAUGAAAAAUCAUCAUUUAAGAAAGCCUAAAGUUAGAGACAACAAGGAACAUCAAAGAAGAAAACCAAUGCAAUCAAUGAAAUUAAUGAUCAAUGGAAUGGAAAUUGAAGUUGUCAUGUACGAUGGAUUUCCCGUUCAAAAAGAAGACGCCGAACGAUUAAAAGAAUUAAAACAACAAAUGAUUCUCAAAGGAAUUCCAAAAUCAGAAAUAGACGCAGCAAUGAAACUCGAGAGGCGAAAAGCAGAAAAAGCAUUGGCACGCGUGAGAAAACAAGUUUGUUUUCACUGUCGUAAAUCGGGUCACAAUUUAUCCGAUUGUCCCGAACUUGGUAAAGAAGAAUCGGCAACUGGCAUUUGUUUUAAAUGUGGAUCAACAGAGCACACACAUUUUGAAUGUAAAGUUACAAAAUCCGAUGACUAUAGAUAUGCAAAAUGUUUUAUAUGUCGUGAACAGGGACAUAUUGCAAAACAAUGUCCCGAUAAUCCAAAAGGACUUUAUCCAAAAGGUGGUGCUUGUAAAAUAUGCGGUGAUGUGACACAUUUAAAGAAAGAUUGUCCCGAUGCUGCGAGAGAAAAAGAAGAAACAACAAUAACUGUUAAAACAAUUUCCGAUAAGGCAUUAGAAUCAAUUGAAGAUGAGAAUGAUAACAAAUUUAAACAAACUAAAGAAACUAAAAAGAAAAUUGUUAAAUUCUAAUUAUUUAAUUUUUACUUUUAUUAGAAAAAUUAAAUUUUCUUCUUCAAGGAAAAAUUUAAAAAAUUAAAAGAUUUAAUGAACAUAGGUUUGUUUCGAAAGAAAAAAAUUGAAAUAAAUUUUAUAUCUGAUAAUUUAAUGAGUAGAAAUAUAACAUAUAUAUGUUUAAAAGUCGCAAAGCUAGAAUAAUAGCUACAUGUCAUUGAACACACAGAUUUUUCACCAAAAUUUUUUUUUUAAAGAGCGCAAUUAACUUUAUCAACUCUGAUAAUAAUAAUAUUUUUUAUUUAUAAUAUAAUAUAUAUAUAUUUAUAUACUUCAAUCGACUCCUAUCUAUACAUUUUUUUUUCUUACAUUAUUCUACAAUAAGUGUAAAGUAUUUCGUUUACUAUGCCAAUCAUACAAAAAAUUGUGAGAAAAAAUCGUGUUUGAUUGACAAUAAACAAAAAAAAAGUAUAA